GUAAAGAGAGGUCCCCGUUGGGCGAGGAUCCCGGAAAGGCCCGCCCAGAUUCGGGCCCCUGCGCGUGUCCCCCGGGCCGGGGGCGCGGGCGAAGUUGGGCCCCGGGCCUCCUGCGGAGCCGGCAGCCCAGGCGGGGCUGGGGAAAGAAGCCAUGCCUACUUUCGGGACUGGCCCCCCGAUCCCCGACCGCUUUACGGUGUCUGCGGAAGCAGAGGACAAGGUCCGGGCGGAGCAGGCCCGUUUGGAGCGCGUCUUUCGCGUGGGCGUGUGCGUCCUCCCCAAGGACUGCCCGGAGAACCCGCACAUCUGGCUGCAGCUGGACGGCUCCAAGGAGAACGUCAGCAGAGCCAAGGAAUACCUGAAGGGUCUCUGCAGCCCGGAACUGCAGAAUGAAAUCCACUACCCACCCAGACUGCAUUGCAUCUUCCUGGGAGCCCAAGGCUUUUUCCUCGACUGCCUGGCGUGGAGCACAUCAGCCCACUUGGUUCCUGGGGCCCCCGGUUCACUGAGGAUCAGUGGGCUAACAGAGGCCUUUGUCAUGGCUCAGAGUCGCAUAGAGGAGCUGGUGGAGCGGCUGAGCUGGGACUUAGGGCCAGGGUUGUACUCCACCACUUCUCAGAAUGCUGGAGUGCUGAGGGACUUCUCCGCCCUGCUGCAGCCCAGGGAGGAUGCCCACACAGAGGCCCUGCUGCAGCUGCCCUUGGCUGUCCAGGAGGAGCUGCUGAGUCUGGUGCAGGAGGCAUCCACAGGGCACGGGCCAUUGGCACUCUCUUCAUUGGAGCAGAGGAUCCCAGGCCUGUUGGGUGCUCUGCACCAGGAAGUCAGAGCUCCUCUGAGUGAAGGCGGGGAAUCUCUGGGUGCUGGAUAUGUAGGGCAGGGAGAGUCAAGGGGGGCAAGCGGAGUGAGUCAUACUGUGGAGCAGAAUAGAGGGAAACAGGGUGGCCCCAGGGAGGUGGAUCUGGGGUGGAAGGAGCUGCUUGGGGAAGAGGCCUGGGAGAAAGAAGUAACUUUCAGGUCACAGCCAGCAGGUGGAGGGGUAGGGGAGAUGGGGUACCUGAAAGGAAUGACCUGCGGGAUGGAGGGGGUGCCUCGAGGAAGAGGAGGAUUUAGUGUCCAGGGUGAGCCUCCUGGUGCUCAGGGGCCCUGUCAGAGGGCAGCUCAGUCCCGGGGAGCCUCCCUCCUCCAGCGGCUUCAUAACGGGGAAGCCUCACCUCCAAGAGUGCCUAGUCCCCCACCUGCACCUGAACCCCCCUGGCCCUGUGGAGACCGGGGAGACCUAGGAGACAGGGGAGACAAGCAGCAGGGUCGAGGUCGAGGAUCUUCAUGGAAACGAGGCACCCGUGGAGGCAACUUGGUGACUGGCACUCAGCGUUUUCAAGAGGCCCUACAGGAUCCUUUUACCCUGUGCCUUGCCAAUGUGCCUGGCCAGCCAGACCUCCGCCAUAUUGUCAUCGAUGGCAGCAAUGUAGCCAUGGUGCAUGGCCUCCAGCACUACUUCUCUAGCCGGGGCAUUGCCAUUGCUGUGCAAUACUUCUGGGACCGUGGCCAUCGUGACAUAACUGUCUUUGUGCCUCAGUGGCGCUUCAGUAAGGAUGGCAAGGUUAGAGAGAUUCACUUCCUGCAAAAGCUAUACUCACUUAGCCUGCUUUCCCUCACUCCCUCACGAGUCAUGGAUGGCAAGAGGAUCUCCUCCUAUGAUGACAGGUUCAUGUUGAAGUUGGCUGAAGAGACCAGUGGGAUCAUUGUCUCCAAUGACCAGUUCCGGGACCUGGCGGAGGAGUCUGACAAGUGGAUGGCAAUCAUCAGAGAGCGCCUGCUGCCCUUCACCUUUGUGGGAAACCUCUUCAUGGUCCCUGAUGACCCACUCGGUCGAAAUGGGCCCACUCUGGAUGAGUUCCUGAAAAAGCCAGCCAGGAAACAGGUGUCUUCUAAGGCCCAGCAUCCUUCCAAGGGCUUUGCAGGACAUGGUAAUCAGCAGCAGGGGAAGGAGGAAGAAAAAGGCAGCGGUGGCAUUCGGAAGACCCGGGAGACAGAGCGGCUCCGGCGCCAGCUGUUGGAGGUGUUUUGGGGUCAGGAUCACAAGGUGGAUUUCAUCCUGCAGCGGGAACCAUACUGCAGGGACAUUAACCAACUGUCUGAGGCCCUGCUGAGUCUCAACUUUUGAGGCUUACCUGCCUGUGUGACUGCUGCCCUGCUAGCUCCAGGCUCCCCCAGCCCAGCCCCUUCUGUGAGAGUCCGUGUGCUGCUGACUCUGGCAGAGUCACUCUGAGUUGGUUCUUUAGGCCAGGGAAGGACCCAGAAGAGCUUUCCAGUGAAGCGAAAGUUUUUGUCCGGUCAGUUUGAGGACACAAAGUGACCUAAUCUCAAGUCAGAGCCCAACCAGCUCGCAAGAGGUUCUGCUCCUCCUUCACUUCCCAGUCUUGCCUCCCAAUCUUGCUUUCUCUAGGGAAGGGGGCUGCUAGAAAAGGUAAGUCAUGGAGACUGGGACCCUUGGCUGAGUCAGGGUGGAGGCAAGGGUAACCCAGGGCUGGCAAAAAAUCCGAGCCUGUCCUCCCUCUGGCUGCUGCUCUGACUGGAGGACAGGCUGAAAUUGCAGGCCGGGCUGUUUCCUGGGAGUGUCAGAAAGAAUGCUGGGCUCUUGAGGGCCUGUAGUGUUAGGUAGGCUGAGUUGCAGCGAGCUGAGGAAGAAGGUGGAGGGUGACUGGCUUCCAGGCUCGGCUAUGCCUGUCUGUGGCUUUGAGCUGCUUAGCCUUUAUUUCUGUCUAUAAAUCAAGAGUGAAAGUCCCUGUCAGAGGGAGAAGUGGGAACAUGGAGGAGAGCUUGGGGGAAAGGUGCUUGGACCAAGUCUCAGGUGACUGCCUGUGGCUGCACAGGCUAACCAAAAUUUUGCUCUCAGACAGACGUGGGUCAUUCAUGUUCAGGUUUCAAGCCAUAGAUUUUAACACUGUCUUCAGAAUGACAUGCCAAAUAAUGGCUGCAUGCCUUUUGGGCAACUCUCAGUACCACAUUUAUAAAAUAGUAAAGUUAGGGAUGACUGCAUUAUCAAAAAUACUCUCAGGGUUCCUAUAAAUGGCAGCUCUCUUGUUGCAUCAAGUAUUUGUUUACAGAUUAACAGAUGUGUCAGGAUGUCCCUGGUUUGGUCCUCUUGCUGAAGUAUUGGGAAUAUUCACCAAAUCCAUGAAGCCAUGCUCUACAAUGGUGUUAAUAUGAUCUGAGCUAACAUUAUCUUUACAAAGACACAGGUUGUAUAAGUUGAGGCACUUCUGCUUUGUAUGUGUGUACGUGUGCGCACGGGCAUGCAUGUACAUGAAGAUGGAUUAUAGAGGUAUUAUCUGGAUGGAACCAGUUACCUGGAAAAUGAAAACUGGAGUCAGAGUUGGAAGGUACCUGAUUGGCCACCACACUAAUUCCACUAACAUACAUGACAUCCUGUCUCAGUGUUGAUUCCUACAGGUCAUUGCCUUGUAUCUGCUUAAAUUCCUCCCGUGCUAAGGAAUUUACUACCUGCAAGGUAGCACAUUGCUUACCGGGACAGUAUUCACUGGUAGUCUUUCCUCUAAUGUAGCCUAAAAGAUGCUUUUCUGUUGCUUUUGAGGCUGGUCGUUCCUCCAGGCACAGAGGCAGUCAACUUCCUAGAGUCCUAGACCAGAGGAGAGGUAGGACAGGUGCCCCUGGGCUUUGCUGUGUUUGGGCCCUGCAGCACAUCCCUGAUGAAGAUUCUUUUUAGGCUCUGACUUCUUCCCUGAACAGCAGGGAAUCAAGCAUGAGGAGCUGAACACUGAAGGAAGGUCCCCAGGUCCCAAUGUCUUUGCCCUUCCACCUGCUGGUGCUUUACAUCUCUAGUCGGUUUUGAUGCAGGCUGGAGGUAUGAGUGGUGGAGACUGGCUGGUCAGGGAGGUGACAGUGACUAAAUCCAUAGUGCCCUGGGAAGAAAGAGGACUGGAAAAUACGGUCCAAAUUAGUGGCUGAUGAACUACUACUGGUGAAAUUGUGGCAGACAUCACACUUCAUAUAGAUGAAAAGGGUCCCGGAUGAAUACCUGGCACUUAUAUUUUCCUGACAGGGUUGAAUUUGUAGCCCAUGAUUGGUUCCCUGCCCUUUGCACUCUCUAUGAUGGUGGACGUACAAUAGGUCAGAGCUAUCAUCUGCCUUUUUGUGCUAAGGAUCCUGGGAGAUGGAAGUGGCUCCAAUCAGAUGAAAGGCAAAUCCUAGGUGUUGGAUUUGUUCUGGUACAGCUUGAUAAACUGGGACUAACA